GAGUUGAGAAGGCGAUACGACAACCCAGCAGAACGAGGCUCGCUGAAGCGGCAAGUCCCCAAGGAAAGACAGAAGAGUGAGGAAAGGAAUGGCAGGCAGAGUCAAAAAAAACGACUUCUGUUCUGCGACAGCUGGAAUCUCUUCUGCCUGUGGAGUCACCGAACCGGAGAAUGACUGUCGUUUCGUCUGAGAGAGGGAAAAGCGACAGGAGUGAGAACGAGACGCGGGGACGUCGAGGGAAGACUUGGAGCGAAUCGGUGCGCCUGCUCUUUCUCGGCGUUCGCCCCGCCCUCGGAAAAUGGAGAAAAAAAGAAAAAGGAAAGAGAAAGAACAAAGAACGCCACAACGUCCCCUCGAGGAGACACCAGAUCCGAGAAAGGAUCUCGAACAAAGCGGCACACGACUCUGGUCUCCUUCUUUCCAAUCUUCUCCCUCAACUUUGGGUCUUUUGCGACGCCAAGUGAAAUGGAGAUGCAAGGGUGAAUCGCCUCAGCUUUGUGCGUUCUGUAUCCGUCGAAACACCGCCUUUUUCUCUCAUUCAUUCCGCGCGACGACUGUGUCUGCAGGACCGCUCCCCUUUCGUCUGCGCGCGCGCCUCUUCUGAAUCCUUUGAAGUGGAGAACAACGCCACAAAAGAGCGCGAGAAAAUCGAGCAAGGCGCGGACGCGAGCGUUUCAAAGGCGACAAGUGAGGAAGAAGACAAAAGACAAAUGCGCGAGGAGGAAGAAGAUGGAAGCGUCGUGUCUCCGCAGCUCGAGAGCCGUCUCGCUUCCUGCUCUGUCGCCUCGGGUGAGAAGACGCACGCAAAGAGCGGAAGGCGGGAGGCAGAUGCAUGCAGAUCAUCUCUCUGGAUUUGCUUCGAGCAGAAAAAAGAGCGAACGCGCCACGAUAAGGAAUGAUCGUGAGACUCAGGACGAAAGAGAACGGGUGCGACGCGGUCGCAGAGUGAAUCUUUUAGAUCGACGUUGUCUUCGCAGAGUUCGCAGGAAACGCCUGCCUGCGCCUGGGAAGGUCACCGAGCGCUUGCACAGUGCUUUCGAUAGAGAAGCAGAGAACGAGAGAGAAAACUCGCCAUCUUUCGUCCCAUUCAGCGUCGUCGCUUACAAACGAUAAGGGAGAAGACUCGAAAGUCGAUUUCCUCCUUGUUCUUCUUCCGUUUCUUGCACAAAAAUCCACUGCCACCGUUUCGUUCGCCUUUCCUUGCCGCAAAUCCAUCCUCUUUUCCUCUCUUCGUAUAUCCCUGCACCUGCUUCAUCUGUGCCUGUUCUCUACUUUCUAUUCUUACCGCCGCGAUUCUUCUUCCAUCUUCCUUGUUCCUCGCUUCUGCAGCCUUUCUCCGUAGGCCGCGCUCCUUUGUCUCGGCCUCUCUCCCUCUUGUUCGCCCACUCCUCGUUCUUGUUCUUUUUCCCUGUUCUCCUUCUCCUUCGUCUCCUUCUGCUUCUUCUUCUUCUGCUUCUGCUUCUUCUUGCUCGGCUUCUCGUUCUCCUUCUGCGUCAUUUGCUGUUCUCUGUCUUGGCCUUCGCCCUCCUUUCUUCUUCCUUGUCCUCUUCAUCUUUUCUCCAGUCUCUCUUUCGCGGGAGGAUGGCGGGUCUCAGCGUGAGUGGUGUAGCUCUCUUGGACUCUGAGGGGGAACGCCUGGCUGUGAAGUAUCCGCGACCGGCAGCAAGCGCCCAGUCUGGCGCCGCGGAGGAGGCGAAUGCGAAGAAAGAAGGAGGCGUCAAAGACUUCGCUUCCCAGAGACAACUGGAGCAACAGCUCGUCCAAAGAUUCUCCAGGCUCAACGGCAGAAAUGACGUGGAGGCAUUUGAACUGGGAGGAUACGUCGCCCUGGGGAAGAGCAUUAACGACGUUCUUCUCUUCGUCGUCGCAGAGGACGGCGCAAACGAGCUUCUUCUCCUCGAAAUCUUCAACACUCUCACUGCAGUCCUUUCCUCGUUGACCAACGGGCAGAUUGGAAAGAAGCAAAUUCUUGACAAUCUUGACGGUGUCUUCCUGAUGCUCGACGAAGUCUUCGACAGCGGUUUACUGCUCCAGCUCGAUCCGGGAGUGAUUCUCGCAAGAAUCAACAUGCAAGACGACGAGGCUGCCGGCGCGAGCGGCGCGGGCGCGGGAGGCGAAGCGCUGUCGACGCAGGCCGCCUUCAACCAGGCCAUUUCGAGUGCGAAGGAAAAUUUGAUUCGAAGUCUCCUCAGUGGAGGACCCUGAGGCACUGCCAAGAAAGGAUUUCUUCGAUUCUCCACCAAGCUGCUUCUCGUCGAACUCAGCAGCGCCCGGCCUGCGGAGAUGUCGUUCCUUCAAUGUGCAAGCAGCGGACGCGCAUUUCCGCGCCACACCAAUUUGUGUAUUUUCUCGGCUGCAGACUUCCCUUCUUUCUGCCGGCUCUGAUCCUUUCGGAAGCACUCAACCUCACGUCGAACCUAUGGGCGCGUUGACGUUGAUCUUUGCUACACUCACCUAUCCAUGUCUCUGUCUCUCUUUCUCUAUCUGUGAACCUUUCUGUAGGGAACCAGGGCAUGGCCGCGUCUGAGUGCUCGUCUCCAUCUGUCUAGCUCUCUCUACAGUUGCAUAUUUGUAUGUAGGCAGCAAGGUGGAGAUACAGAUGGAGGAAGUGAGCGACUGAAAGGAGUUACGUCGCAGUGUAUGAGGGUAUGUGAGGCAUUUGCCGUCGGACCAGUGUUGUUUCGCGGUCUGUGAUCGCCCCGGUCUUGUUUUCGAGGUGGGCUUUCUUCCUCGUCCGCCUUUUCCUGUGUCGGAACUCGGAAACGCCGUGGUUUCUCGCAAGAGAUUUUCUCGCUGUUGUGUCGGAAGGCGAAGGAACUCUUCUCUAGGAACGACGAAACAUCCAAAAGGUCGAUGCAGCGACGCCGCGCUCUAACCAUUGUGGCUUUUCUGGGAGGCUCGAGACGCUUUUUCUUCGCCGUCUCUCCGAGCGCGCCCUUCGCUGUGCAUCCCUUGGCACUUCUCCACAUCCUCGCGUUUUGUUUCUCGAAUGGUCACUCUUCUCCA